AUGGUGAUCCUGGACGGAAUUCCCAACAUCCCAACAGAGACCAAAACAUUGCUAAAUCUACCCUUCACAAUACUGCCAUCUAGUGGCCACUGCCUCUAUGGACACAAACGCUUCAAUUGGAUGGGCUUGCGCAAAAUCACGAAUGCUUCUACUGGCAAAAACGAGGCACCACCUGAGAGGUCCCCUCUGGUUGAGUUUUUACCUCCGGAUGCUCAACAGAAACUGGCCGAAGCGUCUUCACAAAGACUUCUGGGAACUCAUUUGCAUCCUGACAACAUGCCUGCCUCUUUUUUUUACAAAGAAACCAAAGUGGUAUUUAGAAACCCAAAAGACACCCUUGUCUCAUACUUCCAUUUCAUGAACAAAAUUCCAGUUCUGCCCAGUGCUGAGCCAUGGGACAAGUUCUUCUCUGAGUUAAUGGCUGGUGAAGUUCCCUGGGGCUCUUAUUUUGAUCAAGCUCUUGCUUGGGAGAAACGACUAGAUGACCCUAACGUGAUGAUUGUGACAUAUGAGGAACUGAAAUAGAACUUAUCAGAAGGUGUGAAGAAAGUCACUGAGUUCUUCAACUUCCCAUUGUCAGAGGAACAGAUCAGCAGCAUCGCUGGAGAGAGCACAUCCAGUGCCAUGGUGGAGAACUCGCAGAAGUCUCAUGGAGGUUUUGGACAAGUCUUCUUCCAUAAAGGUGAGGUGGGUGACUGGAAGAAUCAUUUUACUUAGGAUCAGAGUAAACAAAUGGAUGAGCUGUUCAAAAAUAAACUAUCUGGAACAAAACUAGGAGCCAGACUGAAGUAUGACCUUUACUGCCAAUAA